UGCCCCAUCGUUGGUGUCAGUGGGGGCUGGAAUAGUGCCCCAUCAUUGGUGUCAGUGGGGUGGGGGGGAGGAAUAGUGCCCCAUCAUUGGUGUCAGUGGGGGUGGAAUAGUGCCCCAUCAUUGGUGUCAGUGGGGGGUGGAAUAGUGCCCCAUCGUUGGUGUCAGUGGGGGGGGGAAUAGUGCCCCAUCGUUGGUGUCAGUGGGGGGGAGGAAUAGUGCCCCAUCGUUGGUGUCAGUGGGAGGAAUAGUGCCCCAUCAUAGGUAUCAGCGGGAGGAAUAGUGCCCCAUCAUUGGUAUCAGUGGGAGGAAUAGUGCCCCAUCAUUGGUAUCAGUG